CGGCCCCCGCUCCAGCCAGCACCCAUCAAAAUGCCUGUUCACAACCUCUACUCGGCACCAGCCGGUGCUUUGCCCGUCGUGAAGGUCCCAAAGAAGAGGGGGAGAAAACCCGGGUACAAGCUGAAGUCUCGUGUCCUGAUGACUCCCUUAGCAAUCUCUCCACCGAGGAGCACACCGGAGCCGGAUAUUAGUUCAAUCCCGCAGGAUGCAGCUACGAUACCCAACUCAGCCACCCCACAGGCUCUCACAGUCUGCAUUUAUGUCAACAAACAAGCGAACCUGGGGCCAUACCUUGACAGAAGGAAAGUGCAGCAGCUCCCAGAGCACUUCGGACCGGAGAGACCGUCCACAGCCCUGCAGCAAGCUGUUCAGGCCUGCAUCGACUGCGCGCUCCAGCAAAAGGUCGUCUUCUCGCUCAUCAAGCAGGGCUACGGAGGCGAGAUGGUGUCAGUUUCAGCUACCUUUGAGGGAAAGCAGCAUCUCCUGAGCCUGCUGGUAGUGAACAGCAUCGGGUAUGUCCUGCGCUUCCUGAAGAAGCUCUGUCGCAGCCUCUUGUGUGACAAUCUCUUCAGCAACCAGCCUUUCCAGCAGUACAACGCCGUGUCGGAAAGCCCAGAGGUGUACGAAAACAGACGGCUGGAGGCAGCAGAAACAGUCAUACCUGAGGACUACCUGGCGGAUCCUGCAAACAUGAAGCGGUACAGCAUCGAUCCUGCUGAUUCUGCCUUCAGUUGCAUGGGCUCCAUGUACACCAUGCGGCAGAGUCCUGCAGACGGACGUCCUGCUGGAGGCUCCUCUUCCUCCUGUAGCCAUCAGCCUGCCCAGAUGUCUUCAGGGGGCUCCUCGUCUACUGGCCUGCAGCAUCAGACCUCCAGCCCAACGACAAACGGGACCUAUCUUGAAGGAAACAGAAGUGCCUCAAGUCCUUCACCAGAACGACAAGACACAGCUCGGCCAUCAAGCAAGAAUCCUUUGACCUGGACGGUGGAUGACGUGGUUUGGUUUGUGAAGGAUGCAGACCCUCAGGCUUUAGGUCCCCAUGUGGAGCUCUUCAGAAAACACGAGAUUGAUGGCAAUGCUUUGUUGCUGCUGAAAAGUGACAUGAUCAUGAAAUAUCUGGGGCUGAAACUGGGACCUGCGCUGAAACUGUGUUACCAUAUUGAUAAGCUCAAGCAAGCCAAGUUCUAA